CAGUAGAAUAUCAACAAACGCAACACGCGGACGACGGCAACAGAUUUAAGCGAACAUAAUUAUUUUAAUUUAAAAUGGUGACCACAAAAGUCAAGAAAUCACCAACUGUAAAGCAAAAACAGUCCAAAGGUAAUGCCGACCCUCCAGCUGUUAAAUCAAAAAGCUGGCAGAAGGUUAAGCUUAAAGGCCACGUGAUAUCCGAUGAUUUUAGCGGUUACGAAGGAAUGAUUGGCCUGGAAGUGCUCAAGGAGUACGAUCCGACAAUGGUUAAAUCAACACUAAAGCAAAGUGAGACGAGAAUAAACACCAAAGGCAGGUGGAAUAAACAAGUAGAGAACGAAAUUGAAUCGGAUUCCUCUUCUAGUGAUGAGGAGGAAAGCGAUAGCGAUGCGGAGAAUGGCAAUGGGAAUAGAAAAGGAAAAGCGAGCAAGAAAGCGAAAUUGGCUGAACGUCAUGCGCAGCGACUACUGAAGCAGCGAGAGAAGCGUGAAAAGCGCAAGGAACAGCGUAAACAGAAGGUAAAACCCAAAACAGAUGCCAAGACGAAAUUCACACCCAAUGAUGGCUAUGCGUCGGAUCGGUUUGCGCUACUGCGUCCACCUCCACCAGACAGCGACGAUAAUAAUGAUGAGAUGGAGGCUGAGGCUAAGGAGUCGACAGAUGAUGAUGAUGAACAGGUGCCACAACUGGUGGCAAGCAGCGAGCUGGACAUGACCAGGUGGCAGGGUCUGGGCGUCCCUUCGCCUAUUAUGCGCGCCUUGGCUGAACAAAACUUUCAGGAGCCCACGCAAAUUCAGGCCAUGACGCUGCCUGCUGCCAUCCAUGGCAAGAAGGAUAUACUCGGUGCAGCUGAAACUGGCAGCGGUAAAACUCUUGCCUUUGGCAUUCCCAUACUGUCCGGCAUCAUGGAACUGAAGCAACGCAAUGACGGCUCCAGCAUACGCAAGGCACCAAAGGUCAAAGGUGAUAAGCAGCUGACAGAAGCACCGCCGACUAAAGAUAAUCACGAGCUGACUCCACCGCCAGAGGAGCUGGAUUAUGUACCUGGUGCUAGUGAUGAUGAUAGCGAUGCCGAGGAGAAUAGUCUGAGCAAGCGGCGUCCACUCUACGCUCUGGUGUUGACACCAACCCGUGAAUUGGCUGUUCAGGUUAAGAAUCAUCUGGUUGCGGCAGCCAAAUACACAGACAUUCGUGUGGCAGCUAUCUUUGGUGGCUUAUCGGUAGCCAAACAGGAGCGUGUGCUGCGUCAGUGUCCCGAGAUUGUGGUCGCCACACCCGGCCGCCUCUGGGAGCUGUUCGUGCAGGGCAACCAGCAUCUGAACAAAAUUGAGAACGUCAGUUUCCUGUGCAUUGACGAAACCGAUCGCAUGGUGGAGAAGGGGCACUUUGAGGAGUUGCGCAGUCUGCUCAAGGUGCUCAAUGCAGACGAAGAUCGCAAGAAGCUGCGCCAGAACUUUGUCUUCUCCGCCACAUUGACACUGGUUCACGAUCUCCCUGAGCAUAUGCAAAAACGAAAUGUGGGUAAGCGUCCAAAGUUUACCAAGCAAACGGUGGAUCAGAAGAUUGAGAGUCUCAUCGAAGAGUUGGGCAUAUCGCAGCCAAAGAUUGUGGACAUAACCAGCAGUCAACAAACAUCGCAUACUCUGACCGAAAGUCGCCUACUCUGUGCCAUUGAUGAGAAGGAUUACUAUCUGUACUACUUUGUGCAGCGUCAUCCAGGUCGCACCAUUGUCUUCUGCAACUCCAUUGAUUGCGUUAAGCGUCUGGCUACGCUCUUCGGUUUGCUGGACUGUAAUCCCUUGCCGCUGCACGCCAACAUGAUACAAAAGCAACGGCUGAAGAAUCUGGAACGUUUUCGGGAUAGUCCUAUGGGCCUGCUGAUAGCCACAGAUGUGGCUGCCCGUGGCCUGGACAUACCUAAUGUGGAGCAUGUUAUACACUACCAAGUGCCUCGUACCAGUGAGAAUUAUGUACAUCGCUCGGGUCGCACGGCCCGGGCCAAUAAACAUGGCAUUACGGUCAUGUUCAUGGAACCUGGCGAGGUCAGGAGCUACGUCAAGCUCUACAAGACACUAGAGAGAACUGAGGAUCUGCCGCUGUUUCCAAUCUCUGAGCGUUUCCUGGGCGCUGUUAAGGAACGCGUCAAUCUGGCACGUGAUCUGGACAAGGAGGAGUUGAAAUUGCGACGCACACAAAGCGAAGAGGGUUGGAUGAAGAAGCAUGCCGAGGAAAUGGACAUGAUUAUUGAUGGCUAUAACGAUGGGUCUGGCAGCGACCAGGAUGAGGAUCCGUUUGUCAUUGAACGUAGACGCAAUCGUUUACAUGUGGACGCUGUACGUGGAAAGCUCAGUGCACUUCUAGCUCAGCCCAUUUUCCCCAGAGGCUUUAGCUUUAAAUAUCCCACCAGCACAGGACAACUUGUCGCUGGCUCCGAAAUAUCCACGAGUAAUGGCAAAAGUGCUGUGGAGGCAAUGAAAGCGGCGAUCGAGGACAUGAAGCUGGCCAAGAAGCAGCGCAACAAACGCAAACGCAAUGCUUAAACAUAAUGUUAAACUAGUUUACUGUACAAAUAUAUAUACAAAAAAUGGA